AUGCUGCAUAGUCAAGAAUGGAAGAACGUGUAUCAAAACAAAAGAUCAAGUAGUAUUUUUGGCCUUUGUUUGUUACUGAAGCGCGUGACGAAAGCGAGGAGCACUUUCCAUCAAAGAGGAAAAGAUGAAUCAUUUGAUGGCAAGUUGGAAAAGUUGACGUGGGAGUUAAACAAGAUAAAGGAAGUGUUCAUGAGAGUGAAGAAGAACGAAGAUGAACUGCUUGACACGCUAACAGAGAUCGAUGGCCAUCUUCGAAAGUUGGACAGGAAGAUGUUGGAUGAAGACAUGGAUGGCAUUUGCAAAAGAAUAAGAGAUUGUGCUCACAAGUUGCUCCCAAUGGAUGCCUUUGAUGACUCAUCACAUCCAUCUUCAUCUUCAGUCCAACACAAGAAUCACUUGUUGGAUCAAGACCUAGAUCUGCUUCAGAAAAGGUAUCGCGAGCUAGAUGUUCGACCGAGUCUUUGUUUGAUGUAUCUUGUAAUUUUCCCCAAAGAUGCUGUUCUAAAGAAAAGUUACACAAUUUAUCGGUGGAUUGGAGACGGUUAUAUUGGAAAAACAAAAGAGAAAACGGCAGAGGAAGUGGGUGAGGAAGUGAUUGAUGAGCUUUUGAAGUUAAAUAUGAUAGUACCCUAUGAUUCACCUUCACAUCACAUUGAAGUGGGGAGUCAAGAAUUCUUAAAGGAGUUGAGGGAUCAAGAAUUUUUGUUGUAUCUUAGUCUUCGUGGAAUAUCAAGAAUAUCUGAGCUUCCACCCUCCAUUACUCAAAUUAGGAACCUACAAAUUCUUGAUCUCAAAGCUUGCCACAAUUUAGAAACAUUGCCCAAUGAUAUUUCAUCAAUGGAACGUCUCACACGUCUCAUUCUAUCCCAAUGUUACUUGUUAGACGACAUGCCAAAGGGGAUUGAGACACUCACUAAUCUCCGAGUGCUCAAGGGAUUUGUAAUAGGUAACCCCAAAAAGACUCCCUGCACAAUAUCAGAUCUUGCAAAUUUGAAAGAACUAAGGCGACUCAGCAUACAUAUAGGAAUUGAGGCUGUCAUCAAAGAUGGAGAGUUUGAAAGCUUGGAAGAGUUGUCAGCACUUAAGCAUCUCAAAAUAUCAUGGGGUAUGUCAAGGUACAGUGAUAUUAAGAUCAUUUUGCCUUCAAGCUUGAAAAAGUUGCAUCUUGAAGGUUUUCCUGGACAAAACAUUCCAGAAUGGCUCAUGCCUGACAAGCUAGCCAGGGGAUUCAAACAGCUAAAAAUAAUCGGAGGAAAACUCCAAAGUAUGAAUCAUGACAAUGAUGUCAAUAAGUGGGGUAUAGAGAUUCUGCAUCUCAAGUACCUAAAGCAUUUGAAAGUUGACUUAACAAAUUUGCAACAGUUAUUUCCUUUGCUGAAAUAUGCAGAAAUAAAACAAGUCUCAAACCAUUCAUACAUUGAAUGGAGUGCUGAUUGA